GGUGGAUCCAGGCAUGGUGGAACUCCUGCUCUCACCCCAGGGAUAAGGAAGUAUCCCUCAUUCUGGAAUUGCUCCAAUCAUGAGGACAAUGAGACCAUCGGUCGCUCCCCUCAGAGAGCUGUCCGUCCUGGAGGCGAAGGUAGACAGCCUUGAGCGUAAACUGGACCAGUUGCUCUCCAGCAAACAACACUCUGCUUUUCUGCGGCCCGGGGUGUGUGCACAGUGCUGUGCCUGUAGUCUGCACGCUCGCCAGCAGGAGGCUCUGGUCAACAUUCUGUCUGCCCAGGCCCGGCAACUGGAGUCCUUAGAGAAGCUGGUUCUGGAUAUCCAUGGGGCACAGAAGUGCACCUCACCCAACCGUGAGGCCGAGGCCACCCCCGAGAAGGUGCAACCCUGCAGGACCCUUCCAACUCCGCCCAGCCAUGAGGCUGGGGCCAGCCCCGAGAAGGUUCAACCCUGCAGGACCCCUCCGACUCCGCCCAGCCAUGAGGCUGGGGCCAGCCCCGAGAAGGUUCAGCCCUGCAGGACCCCUCCGACUCCGCCCAGCCAUGAGGCUGGGGCCAGCCCCGAAAAGGUUCAACACUGCAGGACCCCUCCGACUCCGCCCAGCCGUGAGGCAGGACCCCCUGUUAGAGAGCCCUUCACAGAUGCAAAGAAGGACGUCCCCCAGCCAGGAGUGAAAAGAAACCAGGCCUUAAAGCAACAGAACAUGUUUGUGGCUCUCCAGAAAGGUGGUGCACCCGCCCAGGUAAAAGAGGAAGCCAAGAAGGUCAAAGAUGGAGCUCAAAGAGUAUGUAAAGCACUCAGCCCACCUCUGGACGGAGGAUUGGCACCCAAAAACAGCACAGCGGCUCUCCCCCCUUCAUUAGCUGCACUGCUACCAAGCCCCAAAGUGCCACCACAACCAGCAGACCCCUCCAAACCAGGGCCAUCUGAGGAUCAGCCUCCCCAGCUGAAGAUUGAUGGGAUAGCGGUGCUGAAAAAAGAUCCAGAGAAAAUUGUGUCUGACAUUAACAAGGAUGGGGUUGGAGACCAGCAGCUAAGGAUGGACAAACUGGAGGUCGGAGCUUGCCUAUCAGUGAAAUUCCCGGUACAAUUCCAUACAGAGGAGACCAGAUCGGCCGCUUCUGUGACAGAUCUGCCCCCCGACCCCAAGUGCUCGCCACCAGCUACAUUGGCGACGACAAUCCCUACAAAAGGAGAAAAAACAGCGCCAAAUGUCGGACAGGGCGCGUUAUUUGGGUUGACAGUUCCCAUGGCAACUACAGACAGCCCCAUCCUCAGACAUGUCCACAGCUGUCCUGACUCCUUGCAAAGGAUACAGGGUUCAGGAGGCAGCGUCCCGCCAAUCAAACCUCCGGACAGUGUGGCGCCUCCUCUGGUGAAGGCGUGCGAUGCUGCCACAGGGCCUACAGUGAUGCCAGUGCACUGCUCUGUGGCAGCUGGCAUUCAGAUCCGAGUCAGCCCAGCACCCACCAGCACUGCUGCACCGGGCACGCCCAAAACCACACCCAACACCUGCCAGAAAAUAAUAGAUGAUGAUCCCCCUCGCCCUGCCCCCUUCCCCCACCGCGUUGUGUCCCUGAGACCCAGCCAGCCCUGUGAGCCCUACAGCAUCAACACCAAGGAGGUGCUUGGGGGGGGCCGCUUUGGCACUGUGCACACAUGUAUGGAGAAAACAUCUGGGCUGAAGCUGGCAGCAAAGAUCAUCACGGCACGGAAUGCCAAAGAGAGGGUGUCUGAUAUGGCGCUUAACGAGAUACAGGUGAUGAAUCAGCUGAGCCAUCCCAACAUCAUUCAGCUGUACGACGCCUUUGUGUCCAAGAACCAGGUGUUUCUGAUCCUGGAGUUCGUGGAAGGAGGGGAGCUUUUUGAGAGGAUUGUGGAUGAAAGUGCCCCCCUCACCGAGCUGGAUGCCAUGAUCUUUGUGAAGCAGAUCUGUCAGGGGAUCCAAUACAUGCACCAGAUGUAUGUCCUGCACCUGGACCUCAAGCCUGAAAACAUCCUUUGUGUAAAUCGCAGUGGCUACCAGGUGAAGAUCAUUGACUUUGGGCUGGCCAGAAGAUACAAGCCCAGAGACAAGCUCCGCGUUUCAUUCGGGACUCCAGAGUUCCUAGCUCCAGAGAUCGUGAACUUUGACUUUGUUUCCUUUCCUACAGACAUGUGGACACUUGGGGUUGUCACAUAUAUGCUACUGAGUGGUCUGUCCCCCUUCAUGGGAGAUGAUGACAGUCAGACCCUCAACAAUGUUGUGGCUGUGAACUGGUACUUCGAUGAGGAGGCCUUUGAGCAUGUCUCCCCCGAAGCCAAAGACUUCAUCUCCAACCUGCUGAUCCGGGAAAGGAGUGGGCGUCUGAGUGCCACGCAGUGUCUGAAACACCCCUGGCUCAACAGUGCCGAAGACAAAGCCAAGCGCAGCAAUAUCCUGCUCAAAUCCCAGCUCCAGCUCAGAAAAUACAUGGCCAAGCGUCUGUGGAAGAAAAACUACAUCGCCAUAGCAGCAGCAAACAGGUUUAAGAAGAUCAGCAGCUGCGGAUCCCUUACGUCACUGGGAAUUUGAAUAAGCCAAACUGUAGGACAAUGACCUGCGCAGAUAGGCAUCCCGAGCCCGAGUCAUAUGACGCAGAUCUGCGCAGGUUUACGCAGACAAGUACAACUAAAGGACCGCAGCUGAACCCCUCCUACAAGCCUGAAGCGUGGAGCAUACAACAAGCGGAGAGAGCGAG